AUCUGAUUAUGAUUCGCGAAUUGUUUAAUAUAGAUAUCCUGGAGAAAGUGUCCGCUACAAUGAUAUCGAUCGGAUGCUACUCACGUAUUAUGCCAAUUGCUUCCGUGGUAUAUAGCUCCCCACAGAAUUUCUUGGCGUCGUAAUACCAUCGUGAUUUUCACCGACGAUAAUACUGUGCUUCUAUUAUUCGAAUAUCACAUUGGCAAAUAAUUUGUGUAAUUUUCCAUAAUGUUGAAAUACGCUAUUGUCGUCAGUGCAUUGUGUUACCUCGUCAUAGCUGAGCCACCAAUUCAAGAUGUAAAGCCAAACGUAAUAGGAAGUUCCGAACAACAUACCUCUUUCAGUUUUAUCCGACCGGGAUUAACGCAAACAUCGUUCGCAUUCAACGGACCAAGCUCCCAUCAAUCUUUCGCAUCUAGCAUCGGCAAUCCUCAGCUGGCGCAAAAAGUUUUGCCAAGUUUAGCACAUAUCCUUGCCUACAGAAAUCCUGGCUUAGGAUAUUAUCCACUUGGUUCUAUCGCAAAUGGAGCGAUUCCGCAACAACCGACUUUUGCAGCAUCCGCACCAUUAGCUUAUCAGGCCGUUGCAGAUCCCGCUACUGUAUUAGCGUAUCCGCAACAAUUACAACAACCUCAAGCAUAUUUGCAUGCAUAUCAACCGAAUACUGUUUACCAGUCGCAAUUAGCGCAAUUGCUUGCUCUUAGACAGGCGCAGCUCGCGCAAACUCAACAAGGUCAAUUACAAACGGUUCAGCCAGAGCAGGUGCCUGAACAGAUUCAGUUACAACAGCGACAAGAGCAGCAACCGGAACGGCAGCAAAAUUUGUUAGGACUCGCUUAUUCGUCUGCCCCAUCAGUGGCACAUGUAAAGGUUUCUGGGAAUGGAUACAAGUUCAAUUUCUAAUGCUUCUAAUGAUAUAUUUAUUGCCACAUAUUGUAUAUAAUAUUCUUGCUAUAACAGAAAUAAUUCUUAUAUUUAUAUAAUUUCUAAAACAUAUAUAAUGCAAAACAUAUAAUCGCACUAUUAUAUUUAUUCCAAAUAGAUAUUAUAAAUAAGAAAACUGAUACUUUGCAUACUUAA